CAAAAGAAGAAGAAGCAGAAGCAGUAGAAGAAGAGAAGGAGGAGGAAGAAGCAGAACAACAACAACGAAAACAGCUAAAUCAGGAAACUAGCAUGGCUGCCGACAGCGAACCCGAGUCGGAGGUGUUUGAGAUCACCGACUUCACAACAGCGUCAGAGUGGGAACGGUUUGUGUCCAGAGUGGAGGAGGUGCUGAAUGACUGGAAGCUGAUUGGGAACUCAGCAGGAAACCUGUCCCUGGAAAAGGGUGAAUACACCAGAGGCACCUGGGGGGAAAAGUCUCAGGAAAUAAAUUUUGCGGACUUUAAGUUCCUCAUAACUCACCACUUCCUGAAAAAAGAACGCGAGAAGGACACUGGGAAGGACAAGAUUGAGGAAGAUGCCUUCCCCUUGGCAAUGGAGGACCUUCUGUGUAUGAACAAUGAUUUCCCGCCUCGAGCCCACUGCCUGGUCAGAUGGUAUGGGAUACGAGAAUUUGUGGUCAUUACUCCUGGCACCAACUGUGAGGCCAUCGUCAGUGAGUCAAAAUGCAAUCUGCUCCUGAGUUCCAUCGCCAUUUCUCUGGCCAACAGUGGCUGCCAGGUCCCCAUAUUUGUCCAGAUCCAGCAAAAGUGGAGACGGAUGUAUGCUGGAGAGUGCCAAGGGCCAGGGGUGUGCACUGACUUUGAGAUGGUCCACCUCCGGAAGGUGCCAAGUCAGUAUAACCACCUGUCUGGCCUGCUUGAUAUCUUCAAGUCUAAAAUAGAUUUUGCAGUUAUUGAAAAGGCCAUGUUGCUUUUUUCUUCUCCCUUCUCCGUGGACCCUGAUGAUGCUCCUCCACAGCUGCAGCUGGAGCUCAUUGAACUGCAGUGUGACGAUGAGUGUCGCGCCAAACACCUGCAGCUUUCUCUCGUUGACUUUUACGGGCAGCUGGAUAAAGGCAGAUUUCGAGAAAUGCGAACAUUUGCCAAGAAAAUGCUGAGCUUAUUCGGCUCAACAUAUUUGUGCCUCCAGGUGGACAGCCAGGCCAUCAACCAUGGUGGAGGGGGGGGGGUCUGUAUAAACAAUGGGGUCAUGCAGGAGAAAAGUGACCUUGACCCUCUCCAAGCUCCUCACUGGUCGGUUCGAGUCAGGACUGCUGAAAACCCUCAAUGUUUACUGGGUGACUUACUGACAGAGUUCUUGAAGCUCUCCUUUAGGAAGGAGUCUACAGAGGACAUUCUUGGAAGAAGAUUGGUUGAAGAUGAGGGCAAAGAAAAUAGUGAUGUCAGCACUGCUUUAUCCAAGCUGACAGAGCCAGCAGCAACAGUGCCUAUCUCUAAACUAUCUGUCUCCAAUAUGGUGCACAGCGCCCGAAAGCACAUCCGACGCCGAAGACAUGAUGAUGAGUCACAACUGAACACUGAUAUACUCAACUCUGUCCUUCUGUAUCUCUUCCCAGAUGCUGCUGUGGAGAGAUCAUCAGAGAACAGCAAAAAUAAAGCUGCACAGGCAAACUCCUGUGAGAAAGCCGAGCAAGAUAAAACCUCAGUGUGUAACCUUUUCCUCCAGCUAAAGUCAGCACCCAGUGAUAGUCUGACCUACCGACUAGCACUGUGUGUGUGUUUGGCAAACUACAAUUAUGGUGGAUUGCGGGCUGUUGCCCACCUCUGGCAGGAAUUUGUCCUGGAGUUGCGCUACCGUUGGGAAAACAACCACCUCAUUUAUGGACUGGCUGUAGGACCUCCUGAUCUUCGCUGUUGUCUUUUGCAUCAGAAGCUACAGAUGCUGAACUGCUGCAUUGAGAGAAAGAGGGCCAGAGAUGAAGCUCGCAAGGUGCUGGAGGCAAACAAAGAACGAGAGUGCAGGGGGUCUGGUGCCUACCAGAACAGCUUUCCUUUACCGGAGUCAACAACAACCGCAUCCACCUCAACAAGGGAAAUGUCUCUGGGAAAAUCCUGGGACUCUUGGAGCGACAGUGAGGAGGAAUUCUAUGAGUGUCUGAGUGACCAAGGGGAGGUAGAAGCCCCAUAUACUGAGAAAAAAAAGGAUGGAAGCAAAAGUAAAGCAGAGGGCAGACUCCACCCCUUUAACAACAUGACUCUACUCAACUCACCAGAUCCUCUCUAUAUUCCUCUCACACAGGAACCUGCUCCCAUGACAGAGGAUUUGUUAGAGGAGCAGUCAGAAGUACUGGCCAAACUGGGUACAUCAGCUGAAGGUACCCACCUCCGUGCCCGGAUGCAGAGUGCCUGUCUACUCUCUGACAUGGAGUCCUUUAAGGCAGCCAAUCCAGGCUGUGUUCUGGAGGACUUUGUGCGCUGGUAUUCACCAAGGGAUUACAUAGAGGAGGAGGAAAUCGAUGAGAAGGGUAACAGAGUGGUGAAAGGGGAUCUUAGUGCCAGGAUGAAGAUCCCAGACAACAUGUGGGCAGAGACUUGGGAGACAGCCAGGAUUAUACCUGCACGCCGCCAGAGAAGGCUUUUUGAUGACACUAAGGAAGGCGAGAAGGUUCUGCAUUAUUUGGCUGUACAGAAACCUGCUGACCUUACACACCAUCUCCUGCCCUGCAUACUCCAUGCUGCUAUUCUGAAGUUGAAGGAGGAGGAGUUAGAAGAAGAUAUUCCAUCGGUCAAAAAAAGCAUUCAGCAAGCUACAUCUCAAGCCAGCAAACUGCUGCAGCCCCACAUCCAUGACAACAAGAAGUUAGAGGAUUUCAUCAACCAGUUGAUGACCAUGGAAGCAGUCAUCACACAAGUUCGGUCACUCAAGGCCAAGUUUGCCGUCAAUGAGGGUGAGAGUGAAGAGGACACAGCUGAACUAGAAAAGUUUGUGAGCUCCCUCCUGGAAGAACCUGAGGUUGUAGUCAGUGGAGCUGGCCAGGGGCCAGCUGGCAGCAUCAUCCACAGACUCUUUGUCAGCGCUCAGAGGCUGACUGAAUUCACCAGUGAUGAGGCUACCCUCCUAACACCACAGGACGAAGAUUUGGGAAAUGUCAGGAAGCCAAAUGGAGUAAGCAACAAAGUGCCUGACUUCCCUUCUCCGGCAGGCAGGGAGAUUCUGUUGCGUACAUGUGUCCCUCGGCCAGCACCGUAUUCCAAAGCUCUGCCUCAGCGGCUCUUCUGUGUGUUGUUGAAGGAUGAGUUCAGAUUGGCAGGGGCUUUCUCUUCAGACACUUCCUUCUUUUAAGAUGAAAUACUGUUUCACUGUAUUUCAUCUCAAACCAUGUCCCAUUUGGUCAUUGUAAUCUGCACCUUGCAGCCAGAAAUAAAAGAUCAGUGAAGGACAAAAGGUGGAAUUUUGGAAUUAUUAAUUUUGUUAAUCCUCUGUGGAUUCAUGAGUACACAAUUGCAAGUAUCAAGCAUUAUUUAUACAUAGAGCUUAAAAGAAGGUCGAAAUAAAGUUUCACUUUGCAUCUGUCGAUGGAAGGGCAGUGGUAAGAGAGUGGUAGGCAAUGUGACCGGAAAUGUUCCUGAGCCACAUUGAAAAGACAGCCUAAUCAGCUGAUGUCCUCUGGCCCACAACAGUUUCUACAUGAAGCAGAAGUAUUUUUACACUUCUCAGUGGCCAUUUAUUUGUAGACACCACUAAAAUAACACUGACCAAUUAUAAUGAUUUUCUUUUAUUGGGUCAAAUGAGUGACUUUUUAUUAAAUCAUAUAGCCACUUAGUGCAAUGACACACACACUUACAACUGACACAUCUAUAUUGUUGGACUGCUUAAAAACAACAUUUUGUCAUCCCAAACGGAAACGACAAAUUGUGUAAUCAAUUACUGGCUGCAAUCAUAUCCCAAUUUUAUACUAUAUUUAAUUGUCUUACAAUAAAAAUGUAUUAUAUAUAUAUGAAAUAAAACUAAAUACAGAAUUCAAUAAAGGUGCGCCAUAAAUCCUUUCAAAAAUAUCCUUUGUUUCACCUUCAGGGCUUAUUCUAUGAAGAUUUCUACCAUUAAGUUCUGUAUUGACACGUCAGCCAUAUCUUCCUCUGGUGUCCUUUAUAUUAGAUCUGUAAAACAUUGUUGACAUAAUGCCAAGUAUUAAGAUAAUGUAAAUCAUCUUCAUAUCAGGUUCUAUCCUUGUGUUAAGAUCCACUUGAUGAUGUGCUAAUGGCAUUUCUGUACUGUUUUAUAGGAUUUAGAAGUUGCCGAUUUCUUUUUGCUCAUAAUUUUGUGUUGUAAAUGAAUGAGUGCAAUCCAAAAUCAGUAACAGCCUGCUCAUAUAUAAAAUUGCAUCAUUAAUAUUUACUUGUCGCAACAAAAGCCAAGGGAUCACCCAAAAGUUCGUAUUGAUUUCAUUUAAUUACACCGAAUAAUUGUUGCCCUGUUAACUGAUGGUAAAUGGUUCUGUGCAAGUUACAAGUGAUUGAAGUAAUCUGUGUAUGUAGGCAAUGGGUGCACAGUACAUUGUUGUUAAAUGUAAAUACAUGCUGUACUCCUGUCUCAA